AUGGAGGAGGGCAACGGCACGCUGGCCACGGAGUUCCUGCUGCUGGGGCUCUCCGACGCCCCCGACCUGCGGACCCUGCUGUUCGCCGUCUUCCUGCUCAUCUACGUGGCCAACGUGGCGGGGAACGUGGCCAUCAUGCUGGUGAUCUGGAGCGAGCGGCCGCUGCACACCCCCAUGUACUUCUUCAUCAGCAUCCUGUCCUUCAUCGACGUCUUCUACUCGUCCACCACGGUGCCCAAGAUGUUCGGCGACCUCCUGGCGGCGGCCCGGGCCAUCUCGCGGCGGGGCUGCCUGGCCCAGAUGUUCUUCUUCCACUUCCUGGGCAGCACCGAGGCGAUGCUGCUCACGCUCAUGGGCUUCGACCGCUACGUGGCCAUCUUCAACCCUCUGCGCUACCCGCUGCUCAUGACGCGGCCCCUCUGCCUGGGCCUGGCGGGCCUCGUCUGGGCCGUGGGCUUCUUCCACUCCCUGCUGCACGUGGCCAUGAUGAGCCGCGUGAGCUUCUGCGGGGGCCGGCGGCGCGUCCAGCACUUCUUCUGUGACAUCGCGCCCCUGCUCAAGCUGGCCUGCUCGGACGUGCGCACCAACGAGCUCCUCCUGUUUGCCGUGACGGGCUUCCUGGUCCUGGGCUGCUUCUCCCUCACCCUCCUCUCCUACGUGCUCAUCGCGUCCGCCGUGCUGCGCAUCCGCUCCCGGGAGGGCCGCAGGAAGGCCUUCUCCACGUGCGCCGCGCACCUGACCGUGGUGGUCAUCCACUACGGCUGUGCUGGCUUCAUGUACCUCCGCCCCCGCUCCAGACACACCCUGUCCCAGGACCGCGUGGUGGCCGUGCUCUACACGGCCAUCACGCCCCUGCUCAACCCCCUCAUCUACACCCUCAGAAACAAGGAGGUCAAAGUUGCCCUCAGGAGGGCCGUGGCAAGGAGGCUGGGGGGCCCGGGGGACUGA